GGUCGGAUGGAUGGAUUGUUGAGCUGGAGAAAGAGGGGAUAGAGAGAGAGAGAGAGAGAGGGAGCUAACCUCACUUCUUCUCACUCCACAGCAUAAAAUGAACUGAGGAGAGAGAAAUAGAAUAUGGAUCCUUAACUUGUUCAACUCCUCAUCUGUGCAUCUCUAUCUUUCUCUGUUUUCUUUCUUUCUCUCAACCCUUAACCACACUUUUUCCCUACCCAUCUCCUUUUCUCUCUCUUUUCCAAGGUAGUAUUCGUCAUUCUUAUAAUUUAGCCACCCUCAACUCAACAAGCUUCCUUUUUUUUUUGUUUUUUUGUUUUGCCUUUCAAAAUAUUCUCUCUUCUAGUUCUCUGGAUUCUUGGGGUUUUUCUUUGGCUCUUCUUCCUUGAGCUGUAGAGAACAGAUUCUCCUAUAGUGUUGUUUUAGCCAACCCACCAAGCUACUUUUUCCAUUACUAUGCCUUGGGGUUUCUCCCACUUAUUCUCAAUCAUGGGUAGGAUUCUGUUUCCAUAAAAAAAAUAAAAAUAAAAAAGAGAAAAAGAAAAUCUUUGAUUGUUUAGCUUUGUUAAGUGGUAGCUUGAAUUUAUCAUCAACAUGGGAAAGUUGAGUUCGGUAGGAUUGUUAUUAUUAUCAAUAAUGGUAAUAUUGUCAUCAAUAUUAUCAUUAAUUGUGGGGAGAGUGAGUGGAAUAGGUGCAAACUGGGGGACACAAGCAAGCCACCCUUUGCCUCCAGACAUAGUGGUGAGGUUGCUGAAGGAAAAUGGUUUCCAAAAAGUGAAGCUUUUUGAUGCUGAUUACGACACUCUAAGGGCUCUUGGUAGAUCUGGGAUUGAAGUCAUGGUUGGUAUUCCAAAUGACAUGCUUUCUUCUCUUGCCUCCAGUGUCAAGGCUGCUGAGAAAUGGGUUUCCAAGAAUGUCUCUACUCAUAUCUCCUCCAAUAAUGUUAACAUCAGAUAUGUCGCCGUUGGAAAUGAACCCUUCUUGGAAACGUACAACGGAACUUUCCUCAAGACAACCUACCCUGCUCUGCAGAACAUCCAAUCUGCACUGAUAAAAGCCGGACUCAGCAGCCAAGUGAAGGCGACUGUCCCCCUAAACGCAGAUGUCUAUGAGAGUGCAAGUGGUGUCCCUUCUGGAGGCGACUUCCGAGCUGACAUCCAUGAUCUAAUGGUUGCGAUCGUCAAGUUCUUGAGCGACAAUGGUGCCCCAUUCACAGUGAAUAUUUACCCCUUUAUAAGCCUCUACUCAGAUCCUAACUUCCCCGUUGAGUAUGCAUUCUUUGAUGGCAAUGCCCAGCCCAUCGCAGAUACGAAGGCGACCUAUUACAACAUGUUUGAUGCGAACUACGACACUCUUGUGUGGGCCCUGCAAAAGAAUGGUUUCGGGAACUUACCCAUUAUAGUUGGAGAGAUUGGAUGGCCAACUGAUGGUGACCGGAAUGGUAACCUAGAAUACGCGCGGCGCUUCAACCAAGGCUUCAUGUCCCACAUAUCAGGCGGGAAAGGGACCCCCAUGAGAGCCGGGCCUAUUGAUGCUUACCUGUUUAGCUUGAUCGAUGAGGACUCUAAGAGCAUUGAUCCGGGGAAUUUCGAGCGCCAUUGGGGGAUAUUCUAUUAUGACGGGCAGCCAAAAUACCAGCUUAACCUUGGCACCACAAGUUCACAAUCGCUGAUUCCGGCGCAGGGUGUGGAGUAUUUGGAAAAGAAGUGGUGUAUAAUGAAGUCUUCGGCGAAACUUGAUAAUCCACAAGUGGCCCCAACUGUGAGCUACGCUUGUGCGCUGGGAGAUUGCACUAGCCUAGGCUACGGGACGUCCUGCGGAAACUUAGACGCUGAAGGGAACAUAUCGUUUGCAUUCAACAGCUACUUCCAGAAAAAUAAUCAGCUAGACAGUGCUUGCAAGUUUUCAAACAUCUCAACGAUCACCAAGACAAAUCCAACACCAGCAGGUGGGACUUGCAGAUUUAGCAUAAUGAUCAAACCCUAUUAUGGGGGCGCGGAUAGGAGACUUGGCAGUCUCCAAAAGCUACCGGGUGUGGCUGCGAGGCUCGUUCUCUUGCUGCUGCUAACAGUUGUGUGAAUUCUCAUUUCAAUAAUCCAAUGCCCAUGUCAGGUGCCUACCAUUUUUCCUGAAGAGGAAAGCAAAACUGGUUGUGUGAAAUUGCAUUACAAUGUCAGGCCAAAUUUUGCGGGUUAAGAUGGGAAGAAGAAAACUUAAACUUAUGUGGAAUAUGCAUAUUUGAAACUAGAAAUAUUUUGGCAAUUUGUUUGAGUUAUUUAGCUAUGUUAUUUUGAACUUUUGAAGAGCAUGCCAAUUACCAUUCUUCUGAGAAAGCUUUCCAACAAGAGGAGGAAGUAUUGUACCAUUAAUUGGCAUAAUGUAAAGCUUUCCAA